AUGGAAAUUCAAAUGGAGAAAAUCCAAAGAUCUUUACAGCUAAAGAGAUCUCAACAACACGACUUCCUAUAUCCACUUAUAUUUCAGGAGUAUAUUUAUGUGUUUGCUCAUAAUCGUACUUUGAAUAGAUCUAUUUUAUCGGAAAAUCUAGGUUAUGACAAUAAAUCCAGUUUACGGAUUGUGAAACGGUUAAUUACUCGAAUGUAUCAACAGAAUCAUUUUAUUAUUUCUUCUAAUGAUUCUAACAAAAAUCCAUUUUUGGCGCGAAACACUAAUUUAUAUUCUCAAAUUAUAUCAGAGGGGUUUGCUUUUAUUGUCGAAAUUCCGUUUUUUCUACAAUUAAUAUCUUGUCUAGAGGGGAAAAAGAACAAGAUAGUAAAAUCUCAUAAUUUACGAUCAAUUCAUUCAAUAUUUCCAUUUUUAGAGGACAAUUUUUCACAUUUAAAUUUUGUAGUAGAUAUACUAAUACCUCGCUCUGUCCAUGCGGAAAUCUUGAUUCAAACUCUUCGCCAUUGGGUAAAAGAUGUUUCUUCUUUGCAUUUAUUACGAGUCUUUCUCAACGAAUAUUGGAAUUGGAGUAGUCUUCUUACUCCAAAGAAAGUAAGCUUCUCUUUGUCAAAAAGAAAUCAAAGGUUAUUUUUUUUCUUAUACAAUUCUCAUGUAUGUGAAUACGAAUCUUUUUUCACCUUUCUACGUAACCAAUCUUUUCAUUUACGAUCAACGUCUUCUGGAGUUCUUCUUGAAAGAAUCUAUUUCUAUAUAAAAAUAGAAGGUCUUAUGAACACCUUUGUUAAGAAUUUUCAGGCGAACCUAGGGUUGGUCGAGGAACCCUGCAUGCAUUAUAUUAGGUAUCAAAGAAAAUCCAUUCUGGCUUCAAAAGGGACAUCCCUUUUCAUGAAUAAAUGGAAAUUUUACCUUGUCACUUUUUGGCAAUGGCAUUUUUCGGUGUGGUUUCAUCCAAGAAGGAUUUGGAUAAACCAAUUUUCCAAGCAUUCCCUUUCCUUUUUGGGUUAUAUUUCAAACGUGCAAAUAAACCCUUCCGUGGUACGGAGUCAAAUUCUAGAAAAUGCAUUUCUAAUCAAUAAUUCUAUUAAGAAGCUCGAUACCCUUGUUCCAAUUAUUCCUCUGAUUUCGGAAUUGGCUAAAGCGAAAUUUUGUAACGUAUUUGGGCAUCCCAUUAGUAAGCCGAUUCGGGCUGAUUUAUCAGAUUCUAAUAUUAUUGACCGAUUUGCGCGUAUAUGCAGAAAUAUUUCUCAUUAUCAUAGCGGAUCUUCCAAAAAAAAGAGUUUGUAUCGAAUAAAGUAUAUACUUCGACUCUCUUGUGCUAGAACUUUGGCGCGGAAACACAAAAGUACUGUACGUGCUUUUUUAAAAAGAUUAGGCUCGGAAUUAUUGGAAGAAUUUCUUAUGUCGGAAGAAGACGUUCUUUUUUUGACCUUCCAAAAAGCCGCUUCUGCUUUCCGGGGAGUAUAUAGAAGUCGGAUUUGGUAUUUGGAUAUGAUUUCUGUCAAUGAUCUCGCAAAUCAAAAAUCCUGA